CGAACUGGGUCGGCCUUUGUAUUUGUCGGGGAUCUGGUUUCUGGGCGGCGCUUGGAUGUGGAUAUGACGGUGGUCUGGGUGGUGGGUUAAAUCGUUGUGCUCGUGUCAUUGAUGAGACGCCGUUCGCCGGCGAGUGUCGCAUCGGAGCAAAUGGAGAAGGGAACGGCUAAGAACCAGCACUCCCGCCUCUGUUUCUUGGCUACAUUGUCCUUGUUUUUCUGGGUUCUGCUGUUUUACUUCCAUUUCGUAGUUCUAGGGGGUAAUCCCUUUGAUGAAUCCGCCAAAUUGCAGCCCAUUCCGGUUAGAACCGAAUCCACGCCUUCUCAUAGGAUCGAUGAUGACCCUUCGUCGGAACCCCGCAUGAGCGCUACGCCGCUGAGGGAGAGCCAUUUGGAAACUCCCCAAGUGGUCGAUCCCCCGAAAAGGGAAACUCCCCGAGUGGUCGAUCCCCCGAAAAGGGAAAUUCCUAAAGUGGUGGAGUCCCCGAAACGGAAAACUAAAAGGAAAAGAGAGAGUUUCCCGUUUAUGAGAGCAUUGAGAACUACAGAGAACAAGAGUGAUCCGUGCGGUGGGAGGUACAUAUAUGUCCACGAUUUGCCGCCUAGGUUUAACGAGGACAUGCUCAAGGAGUGUAGGAAGUUAAGCCUCUGGACCAAUAUGUGUAAGUUCACCAGUAAUGCCGGGCUCGGUCCACCGCUCGAGAAUGUCGAAGGUGUGUUCUCGAAUACGGGAUGGUACGCGACGAAUCAGUUUGCUGUUGAUGUCAUUUUCAACAAUAGGAUGAAGCAGUACGAUUGCUUAACGCGUGAUUCUUCCAUUGCCGCGGCUGUUUUCGUACCCUUCUAUGCUGGAUUUGACAUCGCGAGGUAUCUCUGGGGUUACAACACAUCUGUGAGGGAUGCCGCAUCUGUUGAUUUAGUUAAAUGGCUGAUGAAGAGGCCGGAGUGGAACAUCAUGGGAGGGAAGGAUCACUUCCUUGUUGCUGGGAGGAUCACAUGGGAUUUCAGGCGGUUAAGUGACGAAGAAACGGACUGGGGCAAUAAGCUUCUGUUUCUCCCUGCUGCAAGAAACAUGUCUAUGCUUGUUGUGGAGUCAAGUCCAUGGAAUGCGAAUGAUUUCGGCAUUCCUUAUCCGACUUAUUUUCACCCAGCAAAAGAUGCUGACGUAUUCAAUUGGCAGGACAGGAUGAGGAAAUUGGAGCGCAAAUGGCUGUUCUCGUUUGCCGGCGCUCCUCGUCCGGACAACCCAAAAUCAAUUCGAGGACAAAUCAUUGAUCAGUGCAGGAACUCUAAGGUCGGCAAGCUGCUAGAGUGUGAUUUUGGGGAGAGCAAGUGUCAUUCUCCAAGCAGUAUUAUGCAGAUGUUCCAAAGCUCCCUUUUCUGCUUGCAGCCACAGGGUGAUUCAUAUACGAGGAGAUCUGCUUUUGACUCGAUGCUGGCAGGUUGUAUACCAGUCUUCUUCCAUCCGGGAUCAGCCUACACUCAAUACACCUGGCAUCUUCCGAAAGAUUACACAAAGUACUCCGUCUUUAUUCCUGAAGAUGAUCUAAGAAAGCGCAAUGUUAGCAUAGAGGAGAGGCUCCGGGAAAUAUCUCCUGAGCAGGUGAAGAUAAUGAGGGAGGAAGUCAUAAAUCUCAUCCCGAGGCUUAUAUAUGCUGAUCCCCGCUCGAAACUAGAGACUCUGAAGGACGCUUUCGAUGUAGCUGUGCAGGCCGUCAUUGACAAGGUUACGAGGCUGAGAAGGAACAUUAUUGAGGGCCGUACUGAAUAUGAUAACUUUAUUGAAGAGAAUAGCUGGAAAUAUGACUUGUUGGAGGAGGGACAGCGUGAAGUGGGAGGCCACGAAUGGGAUCCUUUCUUCUCGAAGCCAAAGGGCGAGGGAGAUUCUGGAGGUUCCUCUGCAGAAGCUGCGAAGAAGUCUUGGAAGAACGAGCAGAGAGACCAGUCAUGAUCUGGAGGCUUCAGUUUUCCUGAAGAAGCUUUACCAAGUGCUGAUGCAUGGUGAUGCCUCUAGAUGGAGUUCAUGUCAAGAGAGAUUCCGACCGAAGGCAAGAGCACAAUGGCUCUCCGAUGACAUAUUUUUGAAGCUAAUAUACCGUUCAGUUCAGCCUUUUAGGUCCACUGCCGUGCUAGGCAAUCAAAGACAGAAACAUAGUUGAGUGUCCCGCUUCCUUCUACAUUCUGCCUGUAUCGUGCCUAGCGAUUCUUUAAUUGCGUUUAAUAGGGUAUUACAUAGCACAUAUUCCAUGGAUGGAUCUGUUUAAUGUCCAUGUUCGCAUAGAUACUGGAACUUUUCAUGAGAAAUAUAAUUUUUCUGUUUCUGGUCAAGCUUUCGAUCUCAGCAUAGUGGACCCAAGUUGCUCCAUCUUUGCAAGUUCUCAGUAGAAGCAGCUAUAUAAGCCAAUGUACUGUUCUUUUCUGUAAGGUUGAUGUUUAGCAGAUUCUGGCAUGUUUUCAAGUGCCUGUAGUUGGUUGCAUGUUUAUAUCUCAUCAAGUUUUCCAAAAUUGAGGGGGCUUGCGAAAUUGGGUCUUGUUGUUUGGUAGGGUUCUCUACCUGUUUUUGUUGUCCAACGUUCAAGGGUGUUUUCGGUCAGGCUUGCGAAAUCCGCUUUGUGCCCUAUCCCAGCUCUAGGGAAAGUUUUCGUUGCAUGAACUUCUUGCCUCUACAUGUUUGCUUUUAAGACUGAUAGGACCUGCCAACCUGUGGUUCUAAAGACUCUUCGAGCAUGGAAAUGCAAACUUGUUUCAUCUUGUUCAGAAAGUUCAGUGAUUUAAUCUCUCUGUGAUACCUAUUUGUGUUUGUGUGCUGAGUUAGUACUCAGUAGCUUGAAGAAGCAGCUUCUUCUGGCGUCUAAAAUACCCAGAGAUUCUGGAGGAUUAUCCCGGAUUCAUGUAUUCGUCUCUUUUACCUGGAAAAUGGUAUCUUUUCCUAGCCAUGACAUUAGGAUCUUCCACCAUAUAUGUCACUAAGCCAUUCAUUGUCAGGAUUUAAAAUACGAUUGCCGGAUCGGCUUCACAUGGUCAGGAAUUUUAUAUACUAGACGUGCAACAAAGGGAGUCCCUGUCAUUACUACCCUUUUCACUUUCUUCUUUGUUGGCAAGAAUAUGUAUGGUGGCCCAUUCAUUGUGGCGUUUUCCUGGCUAUAGUGGUGAUGACCUAAUGUCCAUAGGGAAUGAACUGGUGGAGCUCUUUUCGGGCUAUUUCUUGUCGCCAUCUCCAUCUUGUUCUUGGCAUGUUGGCUCUCAAUAUCGCCGCCUCAAGUGCAAAUUUCCCUUCAUUGAUUGCUUAACAAGAAUCCGUAGACACUUACCCACGAAACGUCAUCGUAAGAAUUCGAGGAGUCAUUCUUCGCAACUUGAAUGUCCAAAUUAUGGUGGAAUUGGUUUGACAUUUCACAUUGCAGAGACGCGAGUAGGGGCUAAUGUGUAUAGGUAGAGUUGAAACCAAGACAAGUUACUUGCGAGUAGUUCGGGUUCGGUUCGAUGCAGAAUUGUUAAUACUCGUUCGAGCUCGAGUCGAGUUUUGACCGUGGCUAAUGUUGGAGAAUUUGCA